GACGUCACCCUGCGGGCCUGCGUGACGUGACCGGCGCGGGAGGAAGCCUGGCGCCCGGGAAGGGGGCGCGCCUCCUGAGCGGCGCGGGGCCGCGGGGUCCCGGAGGCUUUGUUCCUUUGUUUCGGCCUCCACCGGCCCUGCUCCCGGUGGCCCCGUCGCGUCAGGCCCUCGGCCGCGGGUCGCGGGGCGUCCGGGAGGAGGCGGUGCUGCGCUGCGGUGGGGUUCCAGUGGCCCCAGCCCCUCACCUCCCGGACACCUCCGGGCCCCCUCCCGGCACUCUCCCGGCCGGCCCCGGGCCGAGAUCCCCUCCGAGGAGGCCGGACGACCGAGCUCCGGAGUGCGGCGCCUGCGGUGCUGGGACCCUGUGUCCAGGAGGGCGCGAUGAGCUCCUGAGAUGGCAGGUCUGUCCGCACCAGACUCUGCCUGCCUCCAGGAGGGACGUCCCCUACUCCCAUUGGCUAAUUUUCAGGAAUCUGUGACCUUCAAGGAUGUGGUCGUGAAUUUCACCCAGGAAGAAUGGAAACACCUGGAUCCUACACAGAGAGAUUUGUUCAGAGAUGUGACACUGGAAAAUUAUACACACCUGGUCUCCAUAGGACUCCAGGUUUCCAAACCGGAUGUGAUUUCCCAGCUCGAGCAAGGGACAGAGCCAUGGAUUGAGGAGCCAUGCAUUCCUGUCAGUGCCUUGGCAGACUGGGAGACAAGACCUGAAAACCAUGUGUCACACCCACAACUGGGCAUUUCUGAAGUGAAUCUGUCAUCAGAGACAGUAGACAGACACAAAAGGAAUGAGUCCUGGAGCUCCAAUGCUUUGGAAACUUGGAAACCUGAAGGCGGUUUAGAGCAAUUUCAGGCAAACCAACAGAGACCGCCAAGGGAAAUAAAAAUAACUGAGAACACAGCACCCACUUGUGAAAGCAGCAUCAGUUUGAGUUCAAGCUUGGUAGCACAGCAGGUAGCACCCCCACAGCAUGCUUCCUCCGGGACAGGUGCCAGACAGAAUGCCCGCCCGGUUAAAAAGGAGAAGCUGUGCAAGUGCAGUGAGUGUGGUAAGGCUUUCACUUACUGCUCUGCCCUCAUUCGCCAUCAGAGAACACAUACUGGAGAAAAACCCUACAAGUGUAAUGAGUGUAACAAAGCUUUCAGCCGAAGUGAAAACCUUAUAAACCAUCAGAGAAUCCAUACAGGAGAUAAACCAUACAAAUGUGAUCAGUGUGGAAAGGGUUUCAUUGAGGGCCCAUCUCUCACUCAGCAUCAAAGAAUUCACACUGGAGAAAAGCCCUACAAAUGUGAUGAAUGUGGGAAAGCCUUCAGUCAGAGGACCCAUCUUGUUCAGCACCAGAGAAUCCACACUGGUGAGAAACCAUACACUUGUAAUGACUGUGGAAAGUCCUUCAGCCAGAGAGGUCACUUUAUGGAACAUCAGAAAAUUCAUACAGGAGAAAAACCUUUCAAAUGUGAUGAAUGUGAAAAAACCUUCACCAGGAGCACACACCUUACUCAGCAUCAAAAAAUUCAUACUGGAGAGAAAACCUAUAAGUGUAACGAGUGUGGGAAGGCCUUCAAUGGGCCCUCAACGUUUAUUCGUCACCACAUGAUUCAUACUGGAGAAAAACCAUAUGAAUGUAAUGAAUGUGGAAAAGCUUUCAGUCAGCACUCAAACCUCACUCAACAUCAAAAAACGCACACUGGGGAGAAACCUUACGAUUGUGCAGAAUGUGGAAAAUCAUUUAGUUACUGGUCAUCCCUUGCUCAACAUCUGAAAAUUCACACGGGAGAAAAGCCCUACAAGUGCAGUGAGUGUGGAAAGGCCUUCAGUUACUGCUCAUCCCUUACUCAGCAUCGGAGAAUCCACACACGAGAAAAACCCUUUGAGUGCAGUGAGUGUGGAAAGGCCUUCAGUUACUUGUCAAAUCUUAAUCAGCACCAGAAAACUCACACCCAGGAAAAAGCUUAUGACUGUAAGGAAUGUGGGAAAGCUUUUAUUCGGAGUUCAUCGCUUGCUAAGCAUGAAAGAAUCCAUACUGGAGAGAAGCCUUACCAGUGCCAUGAGUGUGGGAAAACCUUCAGCUAUGGCUCAUCCCUGAUUCAGCAUAAGAAAAUCCACACUGGAGAAAGGCCAUACAAGUGUAACGAAUGUGGGAGAGCCUUCAACCAGAAAGUACACCUUACACAACACAAGAGGAUUCAUACGGGAGCAAAGCCCUACGUGUGUCUCCAAUGUGGGAAGGCCUUUCGACACGGUUCAUCUCUUGCCCAGCAUCAAAAAACUCACACAGAAGAAAAACCGUAUCAGUGUAGUAAAUGUGAGAAAACAUUUAGCCAGAGCUCUCAUCUGACCCAGCAUCAGCGCAUCCACACAGGCGAAAAGCCCUAUAAGUGCAAUGAAUGUGACAAAUCCUUCAGCCGGAACACGCACCUAACUGAGCACCAGAGCACUCAUGCUGGAGAGAAACCUUACAACUGCAGUGAGUGCCCGAGGACUUUCAGCCAGAGUGCAUACCUUAUUCAGCACCAGAGGAUUCAUUCAGGAGAGAAGCCUUUUGGGUGUGAUGACUGUGGAAAAGCCUUCAGGUAUCGCUCUGCUCUUACCAAACACCAGAGACUGCACCCUGGUACUGCUCCUCUGGGAACAUUGUAACUGUAGCCCCUGUGUUCAUUUUGGCUUGUACUGACAGAGUGGGGGGAGGAACUGUUUAAAGUAUCUUAAACUUUUCCUAUGGCACUGUAAUCGAGAGGCCAUUGGCCGAACUAAUCCAAGUAUGUUCUUAAACAACUUUGUGACAUUUUAAGUUUCCUCUGAAAGAUUUGGAAUAGAUGAUUUGAAGAUAGCUUGGAGUUUUAUACUCAGUUUUGUAUAUUUACAGCAUAUUCUUAAAUAGUUUAUACAUCCACACUUUGCGUUGAAUCUUCAUGUGUGUUUAUGCAUGUUUUGCUAGUAGAGGGAACUUUUGUGCUUCAGUGAUUAGGGAUCUGUUGUGCUCCUGCUCUGAUGCACUUAUGUUCAGGUAACUGGUCUCUAAUAAAAAAAAUUAUAACCUCAAAUUCAAUUGCAUAUAAAGCUGAAUUCCAGUGACUAUUAAAACUUAGUAGCAAGUUCAUUGUUGUGUACCCUCCCAGCUACUCAGGAGGCUGAGGUGAGGGUGUCCCUUGAGCCUAGGAGUUCUAGACCAGGCUGGAUGACAUAGUGAA